GACUACUUGCUCUUAGAUCAUUUCGUUGCGGUUUUAAGCGGUUUUAAUUGUCUUGUUUCUAUUCGAUUGGCGUCUAUUAGGCCGCUUUCCACCAUGGUUGUAGUUGACAACCACGAAUACCUCACCGAGGAAGAGAAACGCCUCAAGGAGGAUAGUAGUCGUACCAAAUACUGGAAGAAAUGGGGUCCUUAUGUCGCUGAACGACAGUGGGCUACAGUACGAGAGGAUUACAGUGCUGAUGGUGAUGCAUGGAGUCACUUCACACACGACGACGCGCGAUCUCGAGCAUUCCGUUGGGGUGAAGACGGAAUCGCAGGAGUAUCCGAUACCCACGGCCUACAAAACAUCGCCUUCGCUUUUUGGAACGAGCAAGAUCCCUUCCUCAAGGAACGCCUCUUCGGUCUUGCGAACCCCCAGGGAAACCAUGGCGAGAGUAUCAAAGAAGCCCAUUUCCACCUUGAUAACACACCCACACAUUCAUACAUGAAAUACCUCUACAAAUACCCCCAGAAAGCUUUUCCAUACGACGACCUCCUGAAGACGAAUGCCAAGAGAACGAAAUCCGAGAAAGAAUAUCAACUCAUUGAUACCGGUAUCUUCGAUGAGGAUAGAUAUUGGGAUAUAAUAAUUGAAACUGCCAAGGAAGAUAAUGACCCCGACGAGAUUCUCUUCCGAGUCACAGCGUGGAAUAGAGGCCCAGAACCAGCUCCCCUCCAUAUCAUCCCCCAUGUUUGGUUCCGGAACACAUGGGCAUGGGGUAGAGAACCCGAAGAUAAGAAGCCAUCCAUCACGGAACACGCCGAGAACUUGGCUAAGUCGAAACAUCACAAGUUAGGUGAUCGAUAUGUACUAUUAUCACCUUCACCAGGUGUUGGCACCAGUGGGGAAGAUGUAGAGCCAGAGCUGAUCUUCACUGACAAUGACACGAAUUAUGAACUCCUCUAUAAUGGAGAAAACAAGGUCCCAUACGUCAAAGACGCGUUCCAUCGAUAUAUAGUCGAUAAGGAGAAGGGUGCUGUGAAUCCAGCUAAAACAGGCACAAAAUGUGCAGCAUGGUUCCAAUUUAAUGAGUCGGGUGGUGUUGGUCCUGGUGAAUGUGCUGUUGUCCGUUUCCGACUUUCGAAGAAGGAUGAAACCUACCUAGAUGAAGAGGUCUUUGACGAUAUCAUUGAAAAGCGACGAGAAGAAGCGGAUGAGUUCUAUUAUAGAAUCAGCCCUCUACCAAUGGCUGACGAUCUUCGCAACAUCCAGCGUCAGGCCUUUGCGGGUAUGAUGUGGUGCAAGCAAUAUUACCAAUUCAUAUGGGAUCAAUGGGCCAACGGCGAUCCUGCUCAACCACCACCUCCAUCUGAGAGGAAGUCGGUCAGAAAUGCACAAUGGAAACACUUAUAUAUCGACGAUAUCCUAUCUAUGCCGGACUCAUGGGAAUAUCCUUUCUUCGCAGCUUGGGAUUCCGCCUUUCAUUGUAUCCCACUCGCUAUGAUUGACCCCGACUUCGCCAAGAAGCAGAUUGACCUGUUCACUAGAGAGUGGUACUGCCAUCCAAAUGGUCAACUUCCUGCGUAUGAGUGGAAUUUCGGCGACGUGAACCCUCCAGUUCAUGCCUGGGCUACGUUCCGCGUUUUUAAGAUCGAACGCAAGAUGUAUGGGAGGCAAGACCUUGAUUUCUUGGAAAGGGUAUUCCAAAAACUGUUGUUGAACUUCACAUGGUGGGUUAACCGAAAGGAUACCGAGGGUAAGAAUGUCUUCGAGGGAGGUUUCCUCGGUCUAGACAACAUCGGUCUUUUCAAUCGCUCCGAGCCCCUCCCGACUGGAGGUGUCCUUGAGCAGGCCGACAGCACAGGAUGGAUGGCAUUCUAUUCGCUAUGCAUGCUAAACAUUGCGCUUGAAUUGGCCAAGCACCGACGAAUUUACGAGGAUAUUGCAUCAAAAUUCUUCGAGCAUUUCGUAUUCAUCAGCGAUGCCAUGACUUUCAAGUCUGGUGAAAAAGAUGAGAAGUCCUUGUGGAAUGAUGAAGACGGCUUCUACUACGAUGCGAUAUCUUGGGGCGGGCCAUGGAUUCAACAACUUCCUGUCCGGUCCCUCGUCGGACUUAUUCCGCUUUACGCGACACUGACCUUAGAGCCGGAGUUGAUGAAUAAGUUGCCAUCUUUUAAGAAACGGGUGGAUUGGUUCGUGGAGAACCGAUGUGAUAUAGCCGAGAGAAAUAUGGCAAGCAUUCGGAAGAGGGGUAAGGGAAAUCGUAUUCUCCUCUCGAUGGUGAGCAAAGAUCGGCUAGAAAAAAUUUUGAAGCGUAUGCUCGACGAAGAUGAAUUCCUCAGUGAGCAUGGCAUCCGAUCGCUAUCUAGGUACCACAAAGACCACCCGUACUCCAUGGAUGUGAAUGGUCAGAAAUUCACCGUCGGAUAUGUACCCGGAGAUUCGGAUAGCGGGUUAUUUGGUGGCAACAGCAAUUGGAGAGGUCCUAUCUGGCUUUGCGUCAAUUUCCUCCUGGUGGAAUCCUUACAAAGAUUCUAUCUAUUCUACGGACCUAAUUUUCAAGUGGAGUGUCCUACAGGAUCUGGGGAGUACAUGCAUCUUGGACAUGUUUCCGAAGAAAUUCAACAUCGGUUACAACAUCUCUUCGCUCGUGGCGAUGACGGGCGCCGGAGUAUCAAUGCCGGAAGCGACCUACUUGACUUUGACCCCCACUGGAAAGAUCAUAUGUGGUUCCACGAGUUCUUCGAUGGAGACACGGGUCGUGGGUUGGGAGCAACACACCAAUGUGGUUGGACUGGUCUCAUCGCCCGCAUGAUCCAUGACACUGGUAUUAGUUGCCGACUUCCCCAAACACCACGCACACCAUCAGUGGGUCUUAAUCACUACUUUGAUGACAUCUUCCACCGCCACGUCGGCGUCGGAGGCACUAAUAAACCACAAAAACCACAUAUGCGCCGCUCAUCCACCGCGAGAUCGAUUAGUGCGCGCAGCGACUUCGAUGCUUCAAUCAACGACGACGAAUAUGAUGCUCGUAGUGUCGCACCGGAUGACCCUGAGCGUGAAGCGCUUCGUAAAGAGGCGGAUGCUCAUCUACACCAGUAUAUCUCGGAGCAGUUGCAGAGGGUUCAGAAGGAUGAUGAAUAUGCAGACGGGGAGGAGUAUGAGACGCAUGUAUAGACAAGAGGUGCAUUUAAGAUCUAGGGACUAGAAAGGAAGAAGAUGGGGAUUAGAGGUUAUACAUAUACGCAUUUAUACAUAGGUAGGCUGCAUACGAUGUAGACGGAAUACGAGAUGAUAAUGUUGGAGAGGAUGAUAUAAUAAAAGU